UUAAGUUUGGGGCCUGGAUAAAGCGACAAAAGAAGCGGGAGCUUGAUGUAAAUGCAUAAAGUGGGGUCCACACGGAGACUGACUGCAUCCAGGUAUACCUCUCCGUUACCCCUUUUGACCUCUUCAUGUUGUCAGGUUGCUUGAACGAAUUGGAUGAGCUGCGGUUUCCUUCAGCUAAACAUCAAGACUGAAUCAUAAUCUUAAACCCAGGUGCUGAAGUCCCAUCGUGAACCUUGAACCUCCUCAGAGAUUUAUAAAGUUUUGAUCAAUGAGCUACCUUUGCAUGGAAAGCCUCGUACAGUGACUUUGCUAGUAUCACGCUGCCACGGAUGAUGAGCAAUUCUGCCUUGGUUGGUCAGAAUAGCUCUCUGGAAGGAAGAAGUUUAGAUAAAGCUGAUCAGCAGUGUACAUUGGGUACUAUUGGGACAAGGCUUAUGUCGACAGGUUCUGUGGGGAGAUCUGAUGGGGACCAGUCCCCCUCGGCACAGAAACGCACCGCAACUCAAGCUUUCAGCCUACUUCCCAAACGCCGAAGCUCAUCCAGAUCCAUAAAACGCAAGAAGUUUGAUGAUGAGCUAGUUGAGAGCAGCCUGGCUAAAUCUUCCACUCGGGCAAAGGGUCCAACAGGGAUGGAACCUGGGCGAUACUCUGGCAGUGAACCAUCAUCCAAUGAGAAGAGAAAAAUGUCAAAAUCCACCACGGUGCCAUCAGCUCCCAGCAGCAUUGCCAAGAGGCUGAAGAAAAGCAAGCAGCCACUUCAAGUCACAAAAGAUCUUGGACGAUGGAAACCAACAGAUGACUUGCUGUUAAUAAAUGCAGUCUUGCAGACAAAUGACUUGACUGCAGUGCAUCUCGGAGUGAAGUUCAGUUGUCGUUUCACAUUACGGGAGAUCCGGGAGCGGUGGUACGCAUUGUUGUAUGACCCUGUUAUAUCUAAAUUGGCUUGUCAGGCGAUGAGACAGCUUCAUCCUGAAGCAAUUGCAGCAAUUCAGGCCAAAGCUCUUUAUAGCAAAGCAGAGGAGCAACAGUUGGCAAAGAUUGGAUCGACCAGUCAACCCACACUGGACACCUUUCAGGAGUUAUUGAAUAAACAUCCAAAUGUUUUCUAUCAGUCUCGCACUGCUAAAUCUCUGCAGGUUCAUUGGCAGCUGAUGAAACAGUACUAUCUCUUAGAAGAUCAAACAGUCCAACCAUUACCGAAGGGAGAUCAAGUUCUGAAUUUUUCUGAUGCGGAAGACAUGAUUGAUGAUAGCAAACUCAAAGAAACAAGAGAUGAUGUCCUGGAACAUGAGCUCACUCUCGCAGACCGGCGUCAGAAGCGAGAGAUUCGGCAGUUGGAACAGGAGCUUCCAAAAUGGCAGGUUCUUGUGGACAGUGUCACAGGUAUUAGCUCUCCAGACUUUGAUAACCAGACCCUUGCUGUUUUGCGAGGCAGAAUGGUUCGAUAUUUAAUGAGAUCUCGUGAGAUAACGUUGGGUAGAGCCACAAAAGAUAAUCAGAUUGAUGUUGACCUCUCUCUCGAAGGACCAGCAUGGAAAAUCUCCAGAAGACAAGGUAUAAUAAAACUGAAGAACAAUGGAGACUUCUUCGUUGCUAAUGAAGGCCGACGUCCCAUCUACAUCGAUGGCAGGCCAGUACUCAGUGGAAAUAAAUGGAAGUUGAACAACAAUUCUGUUGUUGAAAUUGCUGGCCUUCGCUUUGUGUUUCUAAUUAACCAGGACCUGAUUGCCCUGAUCAGAGCUGAGGCUGCAAAAAUGAACCAGCAGUAACAGGCAGAUUCCAGUCUCUAAAGAAACAGGAAGUGGUGGCUGAAAAUAAUGAUUAAGGCAUCAUUCAAUGGCCUGGGAUUUGUAAGCGUCCUGAUCUUUGGACUGUAAACUGUUUUAUCUAAUUUUAGAAGGAUUAACAAACACAAGACCAGAGUCAUCUGCUAAUACUGAUGUAUAUCUGUCAAUAGACACGCUAUGGAAUGUGUUGCUUUUCCCUUGCAUGGGCCAACUAAAUAAGCUUGAUGGGCAAGGCAGAAGGAAGAGAGCAUGAGCCUGACAUUUUGACAUUUGUGAAUGACACACCUGGGAGAUGACUCCAAACUAGAAUGUUCUUUAUCAUUUCCACAGAAAUCUAUUCAUGUGUUGUCACAAUUAAGUUUCUAAUGAUUUAUUUAAUGGAAUUAAACCAUGGAAUAUUAACUCAGUAUAAUCUGAGGUAAAACUUG